AUGCAACGUACAAACAACCUUUCUGUCAGCCUCGCCUCUGCUUACGAUAGUCAGAGAGGAGCGAUGCGGAGUCCUCACUCGCACGCAACUGAUUGGUCAGUGGAUGGCACACGCCAAACUCAGCACUCACGCAUUCUCACUCCCCAUGUGGAGAUGCUGGCUGCUCCACCCCAAUCGAACAGCCUCCAAUGUGACCUAAUGCAGUGGCGCCACCUCGCCUCGCAUCCACACAAGCACGGAUGGAGAGUCAUAAUCCUCCUCCUCAUCUUCCUCUUCCUCCUCUUCCUCUUCCUCUACCUCUUCUCCGUCGACCCCGAUCAAUCCAUUUCCAAGUCCAACGACUUUCACUCUGUAGGGUGUGCUCGGAGCCAAGCCAUUAAUGGUAACUUCACCAUCGUCUACGUUGGCCAUUGCACUGAAAGUGCUAGUAGAGUCUGGCAAUGGUACCGCAACAGCUAUUAA